AUGGCUAAAAACGGGACUUGGGACAUUGGUUGUGGGCAGUAUUCGUGGCCCAUUACCCAAACGGACCAUUCCUCGUCGACUAUCUCGUAUGAGCCAAGUCGACCUCUUCGUACUGAAAAUUCGUCCUCCAGAAUUGCAACGGAGACGGUAAUGUGGUACAGUAGCUUGCCGGCCUGA